AUGAGCAAAUCUCAGAUUGACAUGAGUGCCUCACGUGCCCUCCUUCAGAAGCUUCGGCCGGCCGAAACCGCGCUCUUUGUUUGUGACAUCCAGGAGAAGUUCCGGUAAGUGUUUUCAUGUUUUUUGUGUUGUUGUUUAGGUGUUGAUAACGAUAGUAGAUGCCGUCAGGGAGUUUAUGGAAAAGUUUCAAGGCGGUGCCUGGGAAUUCGUUUAUCGAAAUUACUAAAAUUUCAUCGGCUACCUUUUUGUUUGAUGGAUAAGUUGACAGUAUGAUUUGUAUCGAUUGGCUUUGGAAGAAACUUUGUUUUUGGGGUUCCCUAAGACCUUGGCGCUAAGUUUUACACGGUUGGGAAAUUAUUUCUUAACCAGCUUUAUCUCAAUUUCAUACACCUCUAUUAGGUAUCAAGUGCAAUAUAAAGUACACAUUUUCCCUUGAUCUUAUUGUCGGAUUUGGGUCGUAUUGGACCGGUAAUUACAGGAAAUCGUUAGCUACGAAAAAGUUUGCAUUUUUAAAACCAAAUUUUUUCUUGAAAAUUUUCAUGUUGUUCAGUUCCAUCAAGUAUAAUAUUUGGUGUAUAUCUCUGUAAUCACUGGUGUUUUCGUUAUGAAAUUUAAACCAUAGGUAGCUAAUUUGAUUUGCCUUUAAACUAAAUUUAACUUCCUUCCAUAUCCACUUGAUUUUUAUUCCUUUCAGCCCUUCCAUUCAGUACUUCCCGCAGAUUGUUGAAGUUGCUCGUCGUCUCGCCGCCGGCGCUCACAUUCUGGACAUGCAAAUUGUAGCCACCGAACAAUACCCCAAAGGCCUUGGGAAGACCGUGUCGGAGUUGGAGCUGGACAAAUACGGAGUGCAGCCGGUGGACAAGUCCAAAUUCAGCAUGUGUAUUCCUCCCAUCGAACAACAACUGAAGCCCAGUGUAAAAUCCAUCUUGAUCUGCGGAAUAGAAGCUCAUGUCUGUGUGUACCAAAGUGUUCUCGACUUUUUGGCCAAGGAUUAUCAAGUUCAUGUUGUGGUCGACGCCACCAGCAGUCGAGCUUUGCCCGAUCGGUUCUAUGCUUUCAAGUAAGCGGUUUUAGAUAAAGUUUUUGUCAUUUCCAUACAAGGAAAGUACUUUUAUGGGGUAGGGAGUUACAUGAAAAAAGGUAGCAAAAAUGCGCCACACAGUAAUCAAAAUCAAUGGAAACUACAAAAAAUUUGAUAUAGAUUUGCCUAGUGUAAUAUGAAAAAUCUUGAAUUAUCGCCUCUACAUCUUUUGUAGUGGUAGUCCCAAUGUAAAGAAAAAAAAAUUCAACCCGAAACAUGCCCAAAAUCUAAGAAGGAAAGCACUUCUAUGGGGUAUGGAGUUACAGGUUGAGACAUACAGCAAAAAAUCGCAAGAUUUUUCUGAUUCAGAAUAUGUAAAAAUUUGCUGCCCAAUUUUGGUUUGUAAGGGAGAAAAAACCCUCAGAACUUUACUCGCAACACCACGAAAAUUACUCCUUUUUUGUUUUUGCCAAAUCCAAAGCUUUUUUUUGAGCUAAAGUAAACCCUGGUAUCUUGACUAAGCAUGGCUGCAAACCGGGCCACCCCGGCCCGGGCCGCAGGCCCGGGCUUAAAUCUCCAAGCCCGGCCCGGGCCCGGGCUUGGGAAAUUUGGAAAGCCCGGCCCGGUUCGGCCCGGAAAAUUUUAUACUAGUUUGGAAAGAAAGAAAGCGGGAAAUGAAAAGAAAAUUAUGGCAAAUUUUCGCAAGAUGUAAAGAAAAAUUUAGCAAAACCUAGGUACAUAAGGUCACUUUACGUUCGCUAUCAGCAUUGUGUUCGAAAAAAUGAAAAAUCCUAUCGUAAAAGCUUAUUUUUUCCUUUUUUCCGGGCAAAACUCAAAUUUCAAAAAACCGGGCCGUCCCGGGCCGGGCCGGGCCUGAAAAUCGAAGCCCGGAGUCGGGCCGAGAAAUUAGUCGGCCCGGCCCGGGCCGGAAAAUUUUGCAAAGCCCGGCCCGGAGCCAUGCCUAAUCUUGACAAACCUUAAAAUAUCAUGUCCCUUUUUGCACUGGAGCUACUAAUUAAGGUGUAGUAUAAAUUAAAUUUGAUAUUUUAACUUGUCGAGAUGUCAGGGUUUACAUUGCUCCACACAAAGCUUUUGCAUUGUCAAAAACUUGGUCAAAAAAGGGUCAUAAGCGUGGUGUUGCGAGAAAAGUUCUGAGGGGGUUUUCUCCCUUACAGACCAAAAUUGGGCAGCUAAUUUUUACAUACUCUGAAUCAGAAAAAUCUUGCGAUUUUUUGAUAUUGCCUCCACCUGUAACCCCAUAUCCCAUAGAAGUACUUUCCUUGUUAGAUUUUGUGCAUGCUCCGGGUUGAAUUUUGGUUUUUUACAUUGGGAAUACCAUUACAAAAGAUGUAGAGGCCAGAAGUCAAGAUUUUUUAUAUUACACUAGGCAAAUCUAUAUCAAAUUUUUUGUAGUUUCCAUUGAUUUUGAAUACUGUUUGCCGCAUUUUCACUACCUUAUUUUCGAAAGGGUCUUUCAAUGAGAUUCCAGCCCAAAAUCGAUUCAAAUCGAGAUAUUUUUACAUUGUACUUGAUACAAUUACCGUCAAUUUGUAUAUAAGCUAUUUUUCAGACAAAUGGAACGGGCUGGAGCUGUCUUAACCACUAGUGAAUGUGUCCUUCUCGGCCUUGUUGGCGGCUCAGACCAUCCUAAAUUCAAGCAAGUCCAAGGUCUCAUCAAGGAAAGCGCCCCCGAUUCCGGACUCUUGCAGUUCAAAUUGUAG